GAGCCAGCGGCUCGCAUGAACCUCCACUCUCUGUGCAGGACUAUUAUCACCACACCUUCACAAAGUCGGACGCGUUAAUCUAGUGAGCAAACCGGGCCACUGUGAGGAACUUUGAUUUAUUGACAUAACGCCGCAGAGAUUACAGCUCUGGUUUCAGUCGCAGGUCAGAGAAACGCCUCCAGGCACAACAACAACAACAACAACGACAGAUCCUCCUUUAAUCUGCAGCGACUCCACAUCGGAUUAAUAACGGCCCAACACAAAACCAGCAGGACCCUGCAUGUGGACAACAUGGAGCUCCAGAGAUCCGGGUUGAAGGAGGAGGAGGAGGAUGAAGAGGACGACGACGUGGCUGCUCAGUACGUGAUCGAGCAGAGUCUGCUGGAGAGAAGCAAACAGAAGGAAACUCACAGGGACGAGGGCAGCUCUGGAUCCGACCACAGAGACAACAGCACGAUCUUCACCGCUAUCAGACGAGGUGAUGAGAGGCUCUUGAGGAACCUGUGUGUCCAACAGAAAGAUGAGUUCCUACAGACGGACGUCCGGGGCUGGAUUCCUCUCCACGAGGCAGCGGCGCAGAGCAACCAAACCCUCCUGGAGCUCACACUCCAAGCUUCAGGCCCGGACUCCGUGGAGCGUCGCACCCCCCGGGGUCAGACUCCUCUGUUCCUGGCAGUGGAACAAGGCCUGAUGGAAAACGCCUCCUUGCUCCUCACGCGUGGAUCCCAGCCGGACACUCAGGACCACGAGCAGGACUCGCCGCUGCUCGUAGCGAUCCGCUCCGACCGGCCGGACCUGGUGAGGCUGCUGCUCCUCAGGGGCUCCGCGGUGAACCAGGAGUGCUGCCACGGACGCACGCCCCUCCACGAGGCCUCGCGGCUGGGCAAAGCGGCACUGGUGACCCUGCUGCUGGACGCCGGGGCCCGGGCGGACCCCCGCAGCCACUACGGCCUCACGCCGCUGGCGCUGGCAGCUCAGUCCGGACACCUGGAGGUGGUGCAGACUCUGCUGAGGAGAGGCGCAGACGUCUUGUCCCAGGCGCAGGACGAGGCGUCCGUCCUGUACGAGGCGUCCUCCGCCGGAGAUCCGGCCGUCAUCAGUCUGCUGCUGGAACGUGGCGCCGACGCCAACGUGGCCAAACACACGGGACACAUGCCGAUCCACCGCGUCGCUCACAGAGGACACCUGCAAGCCUUAAAGCUGCUGAUUCCAGUGACUUCAGUUGGAGAAGUAAACGACAGUGGGAUGAGUCCUCUGCACUCCGCUGCCGCAGGAGGACACACACACUGCCUCAAGGCCUUGCUGGAUGCAGGUUAUGAUCCCAACUACAUGCUCCACCCUUCAAUUCGUCGCAACUACGACGACGAGAGGAGGUCGGCUCUCUUCUUCGCCGUCUGCAACGACGACGUGCCGUCGGCCAAACUGCUGCUGGAGGCUGGAGCCAUGGCCAACCAAGACCCCAUCAAAUGUCUGCAGGUUGCACUGCGUUCGGGCAACUACGAGUUGAUCGACCUGCUCCUGAGGUUUGGAGCCAACGUCAACUAUUACUGCAGAGUGAACACGACGCACUUCCCCUCCGCGCUGCAGUACGCCCUGAAAGACGAGUUGGUUCUCAGAAUGCUGUGCAACUAUGGUUACGACGUGGAACGCUGCUUCAACUGUCCCUACGGCAACGGCUCCCACGUGCCAGAAGACUACGAGGGCUGGACCAACUCAGUGAUCAAAGACACUAUGUUCUGCGAGGUGAUCACCGUCAGAUGGCUGAAGCACCUGUCGGGUCACAUGGUUCGCGUCCUGCUCGACUACAUGGAUCACGUGACCCUGUGCUCCAAGCUGAAGGCGGCGCUGAUGGAGCAGCGGCAGUGGCCCGACAUCUGCAGGCUGCAAGAAAACGCUCGCUGUCUGCAGCAUCUCUGCCGGCUGCGGAUCCGUCGCUGUCUCGGGCGCCUCCGUCUCCGAUCGCCCGUCUUCAUGAGCUUCCUGCCGUUGCCGGGGCGACUGAAGGACUACGUCCUGUACCGGGAGUACGACCUCUACUGCGGUCGCCAGGGCAACACGCCCAGGGUGACGCGGGAGUGAGGAGCGGGAAAUUUGAUAAAAAUUAUAAUGUAAAAAAAUAUAUUUCCUCGUAUUCCACAUCAUAUUUAAUAGUGAGAGACAAGAAAGAAAUUUUAAUUUUUUAAGAAAAUAUUUUAUUGUAUUUUUCUAUCAGAGAUUUGUUUAGGGGGAAAAUGGUGUCAGCUUCUAAUUGGUGUUUCUUACAGAAGAGUAUUAGGACCUGGCAGAAGAGGAAAGAUGAGGGGGAAGUAUUUAUUAAUUUAUUUAACAUUUCGAGAGUCAAAAUGUCGAGAAUCAAGUUGAAAUAUCGAGAUUAAAGUUUAAAUGUCCCUAAACGUCCGUGUUGUGGUUCCAGUUCACACGUCCACGAUCACUAACGUUAGCAAAGCUACGCUAGCUCCGCUAACUGCGCGACUCUAUAAAUUCAUGAACGGUUGUUUGCAGGUGAACGUUAUCGUGUCAGGACACACGUCAACGUCCAUGUUCAAACACGCGUUGUCACCGCGUCGUUUCUUCCAGAUUCAACUGUCCAUCAUAAUAUCGCAGCUUUACAACUUUGUUAGCAGCUAGCGUUAGCUUAGCAAACUGGCUAACAAAACAUCGAUAUCCGGUUGUUUGGAGCUGAAAAGUGCUUCCGGGUCACAAUUUUCGACUAGAUUCCUCAUUUCUUCUUCUUCUUAUGACUGGCCCUAAUACUCUCCCGUAGUUUCUCUCUAAUUAUCAAUUUUGAAAACGCAUCACAUUUUGUCCAUACUCUUAUUUUUCAGAUGAGUUGUCCUGUUUUUUUUCUGUCUUGAUCAAGUUAAAUUGAUUUGAUUGUUUUGCGAUGAAGUAUCAAGACAAGAUUAAAUAAGUGUGUGUGUGUGUGUGUGUGUGUGUGUGUGUGUGUGUGUGUGUAAGCUUUAUGAUAAAGAUUGAAAAAUAAUAAUAUUGAAAUGAUACAGGAUUAUAAUAUCAUGUGUGUGAGAGAGACAAAGAAGGGCUGACUUGAAGUAUGUAUCUACAAAUGAUAAACUUUUGGAGAUGAUGAUGAUGAUGAUGUGUGUGUGUGUGUGUGUGUGUGUGUGUGUGUGUCCACAGAUGAUUAACUUGUGGGGACAGAACACACACGUCAGAGUCCAUUUCACCUGAGCAGGAGUUAAUCAUCUGUACACACACACACACACACACACACACACACACACACACACACACAGAGGGAGGAGCAGCUGGAGUCAGAGUCCAUUUCACCUGAGCAGAACAGCUGGAAAACAGGAAACUGACGCAGGUGAGUUCAUAUUAUCUGACCUCAGUUUUCUCUCAUUUAUUAAAAAUACAUUACAUUUAUUAAUAGAACUCAAGUGUGUAUGAAGCUAUGAGCUAAUUUAAAAUGGUGACUGUGUGUGUAUGUGUUUGUGUGUGUGAGAGAGAGAGACAAAGAAGGGCUGACUUGAAGUAUGUAUCUGUAGCUGUGUCAAUAUGUUGCUCACAUUAUUUUACUAUUUUUUUGUAAUUUUUGUGAACAUACUCAGAAUCUCUGUGAUAUUUUCUGGCAUAAUGUCAAUAGUUCAAUGUUACUUGUUGUGUGUGUGUGGGGGGGGGGGGGGUUGUAUUUUGUCUUGCACUGUAUAAAUGCAACCUUAUCAGUGUUAACAUAUUGAUGAGUGUUUCCGUUUGUUUUUGUUCAGUUAUAAUUCAAGGACAUAGACAAAACAGAGAUUUUGUCCUUGUUUGCAUGUUUUGUGACCUGCUGCAGGAGACUGAGGGAGAGGCCUGACAGCCUGUGUAUGUUGACCGUGUCCCUUGCUAAUUCCAUAGGAUUAAAUGCACAGAUCCUGAAUCCUGA